UCUUAACCUUCUAACUUCUUAAUUCCCUUCUCUUUCACUCUCUCCCUCCCACGCACACCCUCACACACACUCUCUUGCUUCGUUCGCCUCUGCUCGGUCGGCUUCACCCCUUUCAGCCAUGCUCUCCCGGUUCGGCCUUAAAUACCCGUCGAAACUCCACUGCGAGAAGGUCGCCUCGUUCCUCUCGCCAAAGUCUCGUGAGGACGCCAUCCUCCUCGCCAAAGGUGCCGAGCUCCAGAACCGAGACAACACCGAUGUCGAGCUCGACUUUCGCCAGGAGUCCAACUUUCUCUAUCUCACCGGUGUCCAAGAAGCUGACUUCUACUUCAUUUACGACUUUACUCACAACCGCUCCUAUUUGAUUGCUCCGGACGAGAACCCUAUCGUGGCUAUCUGGAAGGGCCCAGGUCUGUCGAAUAAGGAACUCUUGAAGAAAUAUGAUGUCGACCAUGUGGUCCGACACUCGGGCUUGCUGAACCUACUCAAAAACGAGUUACGUCCCGCAAAGAUACAUGGAUGGGGUCGUCCCGAGAACGGACUUCCUUUGGGCGACAAGGCACAGGAACACGAACUCAAGCACUACAUCUCACAUCGUCUCGUUCGCCUCAGUAAGAAGAAGGAUCAUCAGAGACAUUGUUCUAGUCUCCACCGUACCCGUCCGCAUCACCCUCAUCACCAUGGGCCCUAUGGCGACCACCACGGCCACCGCGGCGGCCAUCACCGGGAACUCCAUUAUCAGGACACGCAGCGGCAGGAAGAUAAGGAUCACGACCACGAUGAUCCAAAGGAGCCCGAUGAGGUCACGCUUCUGCAAGCCAUGAUCCUCUCACGCGUGAACAAGACUCCUAUCGAGAUCGCGCUCUCGAGAGAGUCCACCCGCAUCACAUCGGACGCCCAUCGAUUGGUGAUGCAGUCUGCCCGCGUCGGCAUGUACGAGUAUCAGCUCGAGGCGCUCUUCCGGUACGAAUGCGCCCGUCAGGGAGCCAAGACUCAGGCGUACCUGCCCAUCGUCGGCACCGGCGUCAAUGGCGCCUACUUGCACUAUACCAGGAACGACACACGUAUCCAGGAUGGACAAUUGAUCUUGAUCGACGCUGCCUGUGAGGCCGACUGCUACGGAUCCGAUGUUACAAGGACAUUUCCUGUCAGCGGUCGAUUCAGCCCCGAACAGACAGAGAUCUAUAACCUUGUUUUGGAGAUGCAGACCUCUGUUAUCCAAUCGAUGCACAAAGGUGUUGAAUGGGGCGCCAUGGCCGUCCUCUCUCAAAAGAUCGGCAUCCGCGGCCUCAAGCGUCUGGGGAUCUUCAAGGGCGACGACAACGACCUAUUCGAGAGCAAUGUCAUCAAAGUCUUCUACCCUCACGGAUUGGGCCAUCUCGUGGGCCUGAACGUACACGAUGACGGACUUGGUCUUUCAGUUCAGCACCCCUCCCAGCUGACGAGCGAUGCAGACAGCCUGUCCAAGUUGCCGGUCCAAUUCCAUCCUAUUAACACCAACACUGUGGCCGAAUCUCUAAUCGAGCUGCCUCCUCCUUCCAGUCGCAGAAACAAGGCAGUCGGGUCUUCGUUCUAUGCGAAGCCUUCUACAAAGCUCGAGCCUGGAAUGCUGGUGACGGUCGAGCCUGGGAUCUAUUUCAACCCUGCCCAGAUCCAGUAUGCAUUGGAAAAUCCUCAUCUUGCGCAGUAUCUCGACGAGGCCACGAUCCGUCGCUACAUGUCCGUGGGAGGUGUGCGUAUUGAGGACGUAGUGCUGGUGUUGCCUAAUGGAAGCGUGGAGAACAUUACGACCGCGCCCAAGGACCUGCAUCUCGCAAGACGCGCCUCAAAGACUCAAGAAGCGUGUGGGCGUGUUCAAGAAGCUGCUGCGUGCCAUUCGCAAUAUGUUUUAGGUACUUGCUAGGGCGACAGCAAAAACAUACCAUUUUGGCA